CCUCUGACAACAACCACCACGACCUGAACAUACACCUCUUGAAACUCCAGACCUGCCGAACAGCCGACCCUCAGGAUGUGCUGAGAACCCAUUCUCCCAACCUGACGAUACGCGGAAAAACGGGACCUCCAACGCGGCCAUAUCCGUUUCAAAGGAGCGACCAUAGCGACCUGGUCCCAGUACAUUCUUGAAACGGUGCAUCCCCCCCCAGUAAACUAGCACAUGCUACUACUCGCUCGACAUGGCGGCCACCAAUCCUCAGGUCGCUCCUAGCUCGACCCUCCACUACUCUCGAGACGAAUCGUCCACCGCCCAAGCACUCUCUGGGACCACGACCAACGCGGCCACACGCGACACCUACACCCGAACGCACUCUCGAGCUCCUUCUCAGAAAUCGGCUUUCGGGACGAUCGCCACGCUUCCCAGACAUCAUCAACACAGUCAGAGCUAUAAUAACGUCCGGGGGAACGGGUCGACGACGGACGAUGAUGAUGACAGCUCGGACGGAGAUCCGGGGGCGUACGGUCUCCGGGGAUCUCACUCGGGCUUGCUGGACGGACAAGACGAGCUGGACGGAUUGGAGAACGAGGAAGGGCAACAUUUCUGGGUGAACACGAGACAUUUGACGAGUGGGAAUCCGGCGGCCUUGUCAGAGGAAGAACAGCAUGCCCCACCAUGGCGUCUCCGUUCCCGUCUCAAGACGUUUUCCGCCGCACUCGUACUCUGCCUCAACCUCGGUAUAGAUCCGCCAGACGUGGUCAAGACCACCCCGUGCGCCAAGCUGGAAUGCUGGGUGGAUCCAGAGAGCUUGCCCCCGAACAAGGCGUUGGAAGGGAUCGGUCGGAAUAUCCAACAACAGUUCGAGACGCUCAGUCCGAAAGUCAGGUACAAGCAGUACCUGGACCCAUCCGUCGAAGAGACCAAGAAGUUCUGCGUCAACCUUCGUAGACAAGCCAAAGACGAGCGGAUCUUGAUGUAUUACAACGGGCAUGGAGUACCGAAACCAACAGCGAGCGGGGAGAUUUGGGUGUUCAACAAGAAUCUGACACAGUAUAUCCCGGUUAGCUUGUUUGACCUGCAGAGCUGGUUGGGAAGUCCAUGCAUCUUCGUUUGGGACUGUUCGGCGGCGGGCAACAUUAUCAGCAACUUCAACAGGUGGGCAGAGAGGCGGGACGCCGACGCGGCCGCUUCUGGGGGACAAUCUCGACAGCCGACCCCUCCCAAUCCGGAUGAACCCAACUCUCCGGUCGAUGGGACCUAUACGCCGUUCCUCGAUUGCAUCCACCUGGCAGCGUGUCAGGCCGAUCAGACGUUGCCCAUGUCCCCAGAACUCCCUGCGGACCUGUUCACGUGCUGCUUGACCUCGCCGAUCGAGAUCGCGCUCAGGUUUUUCGUCCUGCAAGAUCCUUUGCGCAUGAACGUCGACCCGAGCGAUCCCAAGGCCAAGAUCACAGUCGAUCUGGUCAUGAAGAUUCCCGGUGACCUCAAGGACCGUCGGACGCCGCUGGGAGAGCUCAAUUGGAUCUUCACCGCCGUCACGGAUACGAUCGCCUGGUUGGUCUUUCCUCACGACAUUUUCAAGAGGUUGUUCAGGCAAGACUUGCUGGUCGCCGCCUUGUUCCGCAAUUAUCUCUUGGCAGAGAGGAUCAUGAGGGCGUACAAUUGCACCCCGAUGUCUUACCCAGCGCUGCCAGCAACCCACAAUCAUCCCCUAUGGCACUCGUGGGAUCUCGCGGUUGACGCCUGUCUAAAUCAGCUACCUGCUCUGCUCGAAGCCGAGGCCAAGAGCAAGGACAACCCGAACGCUCCUCCGACAUACGAGUACCAGCCUUCCCGCUUUUUCACCGAACACCUGACCGCUUUCGAGGUCUGGCUGCAGCACGAUGGAUCCGUCUCAAACCACCUCUCGCUAAGACCCAAGACCCCCCACCUCGCUCGCAAACCGCCAGACCAACUCCCGAUCGUGCUACAGGUACUCUUGUCACAGGCUCAUCGACUGCGAGCGUUGAUCCUACUGUCCAAGUUCGUCGACCUUGGACCGUGGGCAGUGCGACUCGCGCUUUCGAUCGGGAUCUUUCCCUACGUCCAGAAGCUGCUACAAUCGCCCGCUGUCGACUUGAAACCGGUUCUCAUCUUUAUCUGGGGCAGGAUCCUGGCACACGAUCGUUCUUGCCAGGUCGAUCUGCUCAAGGAUAACGGGUUCGGUUAUUUCGCCAAGGUCCUCGCUCCGCCAUCGCCUCAGACGGCUCCCCUCCUCAUCCCAAAUGCUAGCGAGCAUCGGGCUAUGUGCGCAUUCAUCCUCAGUAUGGUUUGUCGGGGAUUCAAGCAGGGUCAGAUGGCCUGCAUGACCCUCGACGUAUUUAGAAGCUGUUUCAUUAGGUUGCAAGAGCACGAUUGGCUGCUCAAACAGUGGAGCGCUUUGUGCAUCGCUCAGAUGUGGGCGGGCGGAAACGACGAGGCGAAGAUGGUCGCUAUCCGCGAGGGAUACCAGGAUCAACUGAUCUUCAUGCUCAAGGACAAUGCUACCGAAGUCCGUGCUGCCGCGAUGUACGCGCUCGGGACUUUUCUCGGUGCCACUGGUAUGCCCGCCGGAACAGGUCCGAACGAGGGCACCGCAAAGGGUGGAGCCGGAACUGGCGCUCAGAUUGGGAUGACGGAGCGUCAUCAGUUUCAACUCGAGGCCGGAGUCGCCCAAGCUUGUGUACUCCAAGCCAAGGAGGACGCCAGUCCCAUCGUCCGGAAAGAGCUGGUCGUGGUCCUGAGCUGUAUCGCGAGGGAAUGGCGAGGUUGGUUCGUUGCGGCGGCAUGGACCUACCACGAACUCGAGGAACGCAAAGCGAGGAGAGAUAUGGGCGACGAUAAUGCCGGAGAUGACGGUGAAGAUCUCGUCACCCAGGCUCUCCACGAAUGGGGAAAUCGCAUCAAGGAGCAGUACGACGAUCACGAUAGAGCCAAGGAGGAACAUGAGGAGAACAUGAGGACCCUGUUCGUUUUCAAGCUAAUGCUAUCGACAUUACUCGACCUUUCUGUGGACCCACAUCCCGAAGUGGCAUCGCUCGCGUGCACAGUGACAGACUACCUCACGGCCUUGCUCAUGGACUCGGCAUUCACACGAGCUACAGGAUCAACAUUGAAGAUUAAGGGCUAUGAAGAGCGUACAAAGCGUCUUGGAUCGCAAGCCGACGCGGCUCAGCCUAGCCUUGCGAGUCCCUCCAUUUCGCAAACUGGCGCGUCCACCCCAGCAGAGUCUCAACCGCAAUCAAGGCCAGAAGUGAGCUCCAACCCGACUUCCAGGAUGACAGCGACUUUGAAACGUAGCAGCUCGAUCGCCAAUGCUUUGAAGAGCCUCGCCUCGAUGACCGGCUAUGCUACACAUCAUCAACCUGAGCCGGAAACUCCGCCACCACAGGAAGCCUCGCCCAAACCCAGUCGAACCCCUACACAGUCCAAUCUUCAUAUCCAGCCAUACGUUCCACCGUAUCCCAUGGCCCGGACUAACACAGAGGCGAGUAUAGCUUCCUCCAGAACGUCCGACAAGGUUUCGCGGUCCGCUUCAAUGACCUCCAUGAUGCAGGCCCACUCGCGAGGCGACUUUGGGUUCAGUAGCGUUGAAAACGAUAGGAACAAACCCAAAAAGUACUCCGCAGCUCAGGUGAUUCAGGCAUUGACCGAGGAGGACAUGGAGCGGUUGAACAUGAGACGCAUGGCACGAAGUGAAGCGGGAAGCAACCCGGCUGACAGUCGCUAUGCUGAUGGAGGGAUGCCACAACCGGGUGAGCUCGGCUUGGGGAUGGUAGCCAGCCAUGUCAAAGACGAUGUGCUGCCCCUUCGGAGCGACUUCUACGACUACAGCAUGCAAUACUUCAAAGAACCUCAAAUGCGCAUCCGGAUUGCCGAAGAGCCAGGAAGCAAAGAGUUCAAUGAACAGAAUUGGAGACAGCAACGGAAUCAUCGCAUCAUUGAAUACAGUCGGGCAGCAGAUGAGGUGGCUUCGCAAUCAAAGUGGACGAGGGAUUGUGGGAAACUGAACAACGAAGCAUGGCCAUGCAUAGUCGAAUUCCACUCGUUCGAACCGCAAUUAGCCGUUUCCGACGACGCGGACAACAUUUGCAUUUGGGACUGGAAAGAGAAACAACGGUUGUCAAAGUUCUCUCUGGGAAACGCCAGGGGAAGUAGCGUCUCGAGUAUGCAUCAUGUCAACGAGACAGCGGCGUCGCUGCUGUUGACAGCAUCUACCGACGGAAGCAUACGGAUCUAUCGAGAUUACGAUUCGGCCGACACGGUCAAAUUGACGUCGGCCUUCCAUGGCCUUGCUGAGAAGCAUCCCGUAACGCGAAGGAGCGGGGUGGUUACGUCAUGGGAACAGCGAACAGGGCAUCUGCUCGUUGCGGGAGAUAGCAAGUUCGUGCGGAUUUGGGAUGCUGGCAUAGAAUCCCUUCUCCUCGACUUUCCGACCCAAGCAGGCAGUCCCGUCACCGCCAUCGCCUCUGACCAACUCGGUGGAGACAUGUUUGCGGCGGGUUUCGGUGACGGUGUGGUGAGACUGUUCGACAAGCGUAUGGGGGAAGAGAAGGGAGUUGUCAAGGUACUUCGUCAGCAUCACACAUGGAUCAAGACGGUUGGAGUUCUCCAGGGAGAUGGACGAGAUCUGAUUUCCGCCAGCAUGAACGGGGAUAUCAAGAUCUGGGAUAUCAGACAGUCGGAUAUUCCCAUCUCCUCCACCAAUGCCUUUGCUAACGGUCUGUCAUCGAUGGCGAUUCAUUCUCAUUGCCCUGUCUUUGCCGCGACAUCAGCUCCAUACGCCUCGUCUUCCUACAAUGACGGCGGUCGUGCCGGUCACGGGGGACCUCAGAACGGCGUUAGACGGGGUCAGCGGUUGAACAUCUACCGAAUGGACGAUGAUCUAUCUCGCGAUUACGACAGCACAUCUUAUGGGUUCGACGCCGGUGGAAGGUCUUCACAAUACUCUGGCCGAGCUAGCAGCCGUGCGGAAAAGUACAGCGGUCUGCCAUCGAAUUGGAGCGAGAAGCAGUCUCAGGCGUCAGCCUACAUCAACGGGCCGGAUACAGAAGCCGAUGGGCCGCAGCCAAGCUUGCUGUCUUCAGUGAUGAUACGGGGAGAUGGGGGCCACGUCUCCGCACCGUCGACACCCAGCGUGUCCGGCCUUCCAGGUGACGUUUAUGAAAACGAGAAGCGCCAGAACAGGGCGUCUCAGACCCAGUCAAAGAGACGAUGGGGAGCGGGAAUGAAUGCCCUGGCCUUUCAUCCGACUGAACUGGUACUGGCCGUUGGUGGAUUCGAUCAUGCGUACGGAGCGGUCAGAUUGGUGACGUACGAUCAACCCAGGGACGAAAUGUUGGAUCCCGACGGCCGAACAUGGGAGUAACGCUCGACUGAUUGCGACUUCUUUUGAAGAUGGCUCGUAUGUAUAUAUAUGUGUAGAGCGACACAAGUUGAAGUAGUGGAUUGUAUACCCGACGUAUGAGAUUCUCGUAAACAUGACGAAAGAAAUAGCUCUAUGCACUGCGACCUCGAAACCGAUCAGGCGGGUGCUCCUGAAUCCAACUCCCUCUUCACGACGGGUUCAUCAGUCUGUUGGUUUCA